AUUUUAUUUAAGACGCACAACUAGUGUGAAAUAAAAAAAAAAAAUCAUAUUUCAAUAGGCUAUACUUUUAAAAAUAACCUACUACAAAUUUACAUGAAUAUCUUAAAUAGUUUUGAGGUUAGAGCUUUCUAAAGUGUAGUCGCUCAGUUCAUCAUACAUCAGUUUAUCUUUAAAUGCGUUUUUCUCAAAACUACACUUAUUUAAUGUGUCUGAGAUCUUUUUUGCUCUGUAUAUAGUAUGACUUACCAUACAAUGACCUACCAAUUUUAGCAGGUGGAAAACAACCAACAUUCAACUUUUGUAGUUUUUCGAAAUGCCGCCAUUUUUUAAAUUUUUGAUUUUUUUCCACUAUAUGUCAUUGGUCGAAGAAUAUCUUCUAGUACAAAAAUGUUAAAGUUUCAACCACGGAGAAGCCCGCAAUCACUGCAGCAGUUAAAGGUAUUUUUUUAGCACCGUCUAAUCACUAAUUAAGUCACUAAUUUUACUGUGUAUUCUUGAAAUGCAAGAUAAAGUAGUUUUUUUUUGUAAUUCCCAAAAAUCGGCUUUUUUAGGCUGUCAGACUAGGCGUGCACUUUCUAUAUCAUCAACAUUGAAUAAGCAGAAUGGGCUGUUCUAAAAUAUGGUCUAUUGCACGAUUGCACCCAUGAAAGUCGGUUCUAUUUGACAGCACUUCCCCAAAUUAUUUCGACAAAGAUCAUUUACUCAUUUAAAAACUUAAACAAAUAAAGCCGCCUGUAGGAUGCAUAAGUAAAAAAAAAAAAAACAAAUUUACGGCGUCUAAAGAUCUACGCUCGCAGAGUCCAAACCACAACUAAAAAAAUAUCUACCGCUCAUCUCUCAUAUCUAUUAAUUGUACAAAUUAAAUGUCUCUGCUACCAAAAGGAACGAAAAUCCAAAUCAAAGUCAGGAAAAUAAGAGGACGACAAGCAACAACUUUUCCCCAAUGGUCAGUGAGUGUCGUGGCAAAUCAAUAGCGAAUAGUCUGCGUCUGUUGUUCAAGCGAAACGCUGGUAAAAAUAAAUAAAUAAAUACCGUACAAACAUUCUUAAAAUAAGUAAAUCGUCAGUUGCAUUCAUUUUCGAAAUGGAGAAAUAUAUGACGGGCCGUCCGCAACGCAAUCGACGACAUAGCAGACGCGCCUGGCCACCAGAAGAUGAUCUACAUCAACCGCGUCUUGUUAAGCGACUUUUUACGCCCGAGAUUAAGCGCAUGCUUAAAGAUUGGCUUGUGCGCCGGCGCGAAAACCCCUAUCCAAGUCGUGACGAAAAGAAGCGCUUAGCUAUUCAGACAGGACUUACAUACACACAAAUUUGCAAUUGGUUUGCUAAUUGGCGACGAAAAUUGAAGAACUCAGAGCUGGAGCGCAAUAAAAGAUCUUGGGGUCAUCUUAUUAAGCAUUACAAUACAAACGCACGUGGAAAUGUGGAGCAAUUUAGCAUAUCUUCGGAAGAUAGCAUUUGGGAAGAAGAUGAAUUGGAGCGCGAUGAUGACGUGGAUAAGCACAGCGAUGACGACGAGUAUGAAUCACGUGAAGGUGGCAUUUCCAGUGGCACCGAAGGUGCAACCAGCUCAACAGGCGCUUGUAGCUACGAUAGUUUUGUGCAGAGAAAGUCCAAAAUGAGUUGCUUUAUGAAAAAUCAUACAUACGGUAAUCGAAAUGUGAAAACGGCGGUUAACGAGAGCUCGAAUAAAUCAGUAGAUAGCUCCGUAUUUUAUGGUGGCACAGUAACAACACAAGAACAACAACCACAAAUUAUUCAAAAGUCAAAUCCAAUCACACACACAGCAAAGUACAAACAGAAAAUGAUGGAAAAGUAUCUGCGCGAUACGCAUGGCACACAUUCAAAUGCAAUGGCAUCACAAUGUACGGCACACACUGUCAAUGAUGGUUUUAACAACAAACAGUUCGAUGUCGAAGCGGCUAUUCACAGUGGAGAUGACAGCGAUGGCGUUCGUCAUGGUGAUCAUGCAGCUUUGUCCAAAUGGUUGGAGAGUGCUGCACGCUUUACGCCUGACAAAAACAACUACUUUAUCGAGUGGAAUGGCAAAACCGGCAAAAUGGAAAAAAAGCAACGCAUAAAACAACUACGACGCAUCACCAUUGUACCAGCCAACUCCAGCGGUGACACGCGACGCCAAUCCUUAACUACCUGCCCUACACAAUUAGAAUUAGACGCCGCAGAAGCAUUGGCAAAUAUGGCAUUUAAUUGCCGGCAACGAAUAAGGGAUUGUAAUCAUAACGGUGUAUGUCUGCCGACUGUCAAUGCAAUUAGUUCCUAGCAAUUGUUGCAUACAAAUUAAUAAACAUGAACAUUUACAGCAUUCCAGUGUAAAUAAUGGGUGCCAAAGUCUAAGCGAAUAUUCCUGACAUCAUUGAUAAUGAGUUAAAAAGACAAAGAAAUGAGUGAAAUGUGCGAAUGAACAAAUAAAAAUUUUAAUAAAUGAUAUUUUUCA